CACUACCACUACCGGUAUCGUCUUCCUAAUCAGCGGCAGCUUCUUCCGCAGCAGCGGAUGGGGCUUCGCUUCAUGGUGGUCUCCAAGGGAUGGGUUUCUACGAAAAUCCCGCCUCCUCCUCUCCUCCCCAAUCCAUGCUCCUCUUUUUCCUCUGUAUGCUUACUUCACACAGUGGGAGUUAGAGAGGUUUACGUUAAAUUUGUAAGACUGCCUUUGCAGUGUACUGUUUUAGAUGGAGGUAAAUUACUACAUACAUCUACAUUGAGAGCAAAUGCCUCAUUGUUUGGAGAAAUACAGAGUGUUGAGGGAAUCUCUGAUAAUGCUCCAGAGGUGAAAUUGGAUGGAUGGUCUUCCAGAAUUUGCCUUGAUUUGGACAAACAAAUUCCAAUGAUGGAAGCUUCAUCUGCUUUUCAUGCAAGUUUAACAGUGAAAACCCCUUUAGAAUUUAACUUAUUAAUGGAAAAUAUUGAUAGGAUAGAAGAUCUGAUUGCUGGAGCAGACAUGGUGAGGUUGGAAAGAGAUAUUCUGACUCAUAUAGGAAGUCUUGGAGCUCUGAAAUUAUUUCAUACCUCCUGUAUCUCCAGAGCCCUCAUGGGAAGCACUGUGGUAUACUCAGAUUUCAUGGUAAAUAAGCAUCUUAGUGACUGUCCCUCUGAGCCUCUGUUGGAUGACAAAAAGGGUAGCACAAUUGUCCACUCUGGUAAAAAGGAAAAGAGAAAACUGAGAAGAGCAAGAGCAAUGGAAAAGGCUUCCAAGAUGUCUUCUCCACAAAUAUUUUCAAAGGGUAGACACUUACUGAAGAGGUCUUUGUUGUUGGAAAAAACUGUUUCAAGAAAACUUCUUGGCCAUUUUGAGUCAGAAAACAGGAGGGAAGUGAUUGCUAGAAAUGAAUCAGAGAUGUCAAUGGGAGUUAAGGAAAUUGCAAACCUAGAAAAAAUAUGUAAAGAGCUGGAGGAAGAAAUUGGGCGACCACCCAGUUAUACGAGAUGGGCAGAAGCAGCAGGAGUUGAUAUGAGGACAUUGCAAUGGCGUUUGCAAUUUGGUUGGUAUUGCAGAGAUACGCUUAUAAAAAGUACCCGUUCCUUAGUCAUGUUUAUUGCGAAGAACUAUCGAGGAAUGGGGAUUGCCUUUGAUGAUUUACUUCAGGCAGGGUAUGUGGGUGUCCUUAAUGGCGCGGAAAGGUUUGACAUGAAGAAGGGGAAUCGCUUUUCAACCUAUGUACAAUAUUGGAUCAGGAAAUCAAUAUUGGCAAUGGUCGCACGGCAUUCCAGAAUGAUCCAAGUUCCUGUGAGAAUGGAAAGCAUGAUUAAGCGGAUACAGAAAGCUAGGAGAACACAUUAUAACAGGGAAGGAAGACAGCCACAAGACGAGGAGAUAGCAAAGUUAACUGGUUUAUCUCUAGCUAAAGUUAGACUCGCUAGUAAAUGCUCUAGAGCUGUAGGUUCAAUUGAGCAGGAAAUCAGGGAUGGUUGGCGCACAAAAUUCAGGGAAAUUAUAGCAGAUGCAUCGGUUGGAACUCCAGAUGAGGUCAUAGAGAAGCAGCACUUGAGACAAGAUGCUUUGAAUCUUCUUCAAACAUUGCAUCCCAGAGAAAGGCAAGUAUUAGCUCUUCGAUAUGGUUUAGAAGACGGGAGUUGCAAGUCACUUGAAGAGGUUGGAAGGCUUUGCCAUGUAACCAAAGAAUGGAUACGGAAAAUAGAGAAGGAAGCCUGGUCAAAGAUUAGAAACGAAGAGAUGCCAAAAAAAUUGUCACACUACAGACAGUUGUAGUCUCCCAUUAGAAAGAAAGAUAUGCCUUUGGGCCUAUACCAUCCAAGUUGAGUUUGACCUAUAUAUAAUUAUAGUCGAUAUAACCUUUUGGGCAUUCUUUUCUUCGAUACAAGAACAGUAUGUCUUUCCUGGGAAGGUGUAAUUCAAAUAAUUGUAAACAUGGGUUUGAUCAAAGGUCCUGGCUUACAUUUCAAAUCCUCAACACAUAUAACUAAAAGAGUAGUGUUAUUCUUUUACAAGUA